AAGAAAAACCUCGACAUGUGUAUGUCUGUCUCUCUCCAUUUUACAGUUGGGACAUCUUGUCCAUCUAUUCAUAUUUUCCCAUUUCAACAACUCUUUUUUUCUUUAUUUAUCCUUUUCCUUAUUUUUUUCUCUCUUGAGAUUUUGCUUCAUUCAAUUAACAAAGCCAUAACAACAAAGAUAAUAACAAUAAUUGAAGGAAAAAGAAGAAGGCAUAGGAACAACAAUGGAAGGAGAAAUGGACAAAACAGUGGUAGAUGAUGUGAUAAGAAGAUUGUUAGAAGGAAAGGGAGGAAAACAAGUACAACUUUCUGAAUCUGAGAUUCGUCAACUUUGCAUCAAUGCAAGACAAAUCUUCCUCUCUCAACCUAUUCUUCUUGAUCUUCGUGCUCCCAUCCGCAUUUGCGGUGAUAUUCAUGGUCAAUACCAAGACUUAUUGAGACUUUUUGAAUAUGGUGGCUACCCUCCAGCUGCAAAUUACUUGUUUCUUGGUGAUUAUGUAGACAGAGGGAAGCAAAGUUUGGAGACUAUAUGCUUGCUUUUGGCCUACAAAAUAAGAUAUCCGGACAGAGUUUAUCUCUUAAGAGGAAACCAUGAAGAUGCAAAGAUAAACCGAAUAUAUGGUUUUUACGAUGAAUGUAAAAGGAGGUUCAAUGUUAGGCUAUGGAAGAUAUUCACUGAUUGCUUUAACUGUUUGCCGGUAGCUGCACUCAUUGAUGAGAAAAUACUUUGUAUGCAUGGAGGACUUUCUCCUGAAUUACAAAAUUUAGAUCAGAUAAGAGAGGUUACGAGGCCUACCGAAAUUCCAGACAGCGGUCUCUUGUGUGAUCUGCUUUGGUCUGAUCCUGAUCCUAAAGCUGAGGGUUGGGCAGAUAGCGACCGAGGUGUUUCGUGUACUUUUGGAUCUGAUGUUGUCGCGGAGUUUUUGGAUAAAAAUGAUCUUGAUCUUAUUUGCAGGGGUCAUCAGGUUGUGGAGGAUGGAUAUGAGUUUUUCGCUAAAAGAAGAUUAGUUACAAUAUUCUCUGCCCCAAAUUAUGGUGGGGAAUUUGACAACGCCGGUGCGUUAUUGAGCGUUGAUGAAUCUCUUGUAUGUUCGUUUGAGAUACUGAAACCUGCUGAUAAAGAAUUUGGAAGUAGUUCAUCAAAAAUGAAUUUGAAGAAGCCCCCUGCACUGGGAUAGAUCUAGUCAUUGUGCAAGUAUUUCGAUUCAAAUAGGAAUCCAACUAACUCAAAGUUAAAAUUGUCGAGUAGGAGUUUGACAUGGAAGAGCCAAACAUUCCUUUCAAGUUGCAAAUUGCAAAAUUGUAUAAUGGCUGACUGAGACUUUAUUGUAAAUUGUAUAAUGCAUCCUUUGGGGCAGGAGCAAUGAUUAUUGCUUUAUGCACCAGUUCAUUGCUUGUGUUUGGCACAUUAAUAUGUAAUUUAAAAAAGAUUUCAUGUUAUCAAAUCCGUAAAUUUUCUAUGACAUUUAUGUGAAUGGUUUCUAGAAAUUAUGUUA